AUGUCAGCAACGCAGAUCCAAUCGGUGCGGCUUCAGCACAAAAACGUCAAGCGAAAUACCCGAAUUUUUAAGCAAUGGCUUGAAGCAGCAGCUAAAGCUUCUGGUUGGAUAAAUUUCGGGCACGAGGGAGAACGGACGACUGGUGAUAUCGCUGCGCAAAUCGAGUUGGUGUCAAACAGUCAGUGUGAAGCCAACUUCAUACCAGCCGACGUUCAUGUUGCAUUACGCAAUGCCAUUGAGGGCAGGAAAACCUGUAAGGACUUCUUCCAGGCGAAAAGGUUGUCCACACAACGUUCAACAACCGAACACAGCCAUUUUAUCGCUCUCUUAGAGCACGCACUCAACGUCCUCCCGAGACAGAAACGCGAAGAUCCCGAGUUGCAUAGAGACAGGCACCACAGUUCCACAUUGGAGGCUCCUAUGACUUCAUUUUCUUCGCCCGUUAACGAUUCUGAGUGGCAUCUUGUUAGCCGCAAAAGACGUAGAUCAUAA